AUGCCGCUCCCAGAUCCCGUCUCCAUCGAAACGGGGCUUGUUGCGGGGAUUCCCUCCGUACACAAGCCCAGCGUCACGGUCUUUCGGGGCAUUCCUUUUGCUGCCACGACAGCUGGUGCCAACAGAUGGCGUCCUCCUCAACCAGCCGAGGGAUGGUCCGGUGUACGUGACUGCUCCCAAUUUGGUCCAAUUGCGCCCCAGCUGCCGCCGGGGCCCCUGUAUUGGACGGAGAAGCCAGUUCCGAUGAGCGAAGACUGUUUGAAUCUCAACCUCUGGACGCUUGCAAAUUCUAAUGAUGUCGGCAAAGCCAAAUUUCCCGUCUAUGUCUGGAUAUACGGAGGCAAGUUCCUCUGGGGGGCUGGAUCGGACAACAACUUUGACGGUAGCUCCCUCGCUGCCAAGGGUACCAUUGUUAUCACUUUCAAUUACCGUCUCGGUAUUCUGGGCUGGCUAGCGCAUCCCGGUCUGUCAGCAGAAUCGCCGCACAACGCUUCCGGCAACUAUGGAUUGCUUGAUCAGAUCGCCUGUCUAGAAUGGAUCCAGCGCAACAUUACUGCAUUUGGCGGGGAUCCUUCUCAAGUUACUAUCGGCGGCCAAUCGGCUGGAUCUGCUUGUGUUGGGCUGCAUGUAUACGGUCCCCAGUCGAAGGGUCUGUUCCACCGCGCCAUCUUCCAGUCAGGAUGCCGACAUCCACGUGAUCCGUUGAUUUCCUGUCUUGCUCCAUCGUACCGCACUAAAACGCAAGCCGAGAGCGAAGGGGAAAUGAUAUUGGCCGAGAAAGGUGCAGUUGAUAUAGCGGAGCUGCGGGCUAUGGAAUUGGACAAUCUGCUCGAGGGAAAUCACCGCGACGACACGACUAUGUGGGGGCCACCUCCCUUCUACCGAGCCUGUCUCGAUGGGUGGCUUUUUCCCCGAACAUAUGAGGAGACUCUUCUGCAAGGAAUGAUGAACGAUGUUCCUCUACUGAAUGGGCAGAAUAAGGACGAGGGUGGCAACUAUACACACCCCGAUUUCAACGAUGAUGAUCUAGAAUCAGUUGCGCCGCUGAAAUAUGGAGCGUUUGCCAGUCGCUUCUUUGAUUUGUAUGGCGAUGAAGGAACAGCCCUGCAAAAGUGGAAUGUAGCGUGUCAGGACAACUCUCGUGUUGGUCCACAUCUGCAUUACGACUUGUGGAGGCAGUACGCGAAGUCCUCCGUUUUUGUCUACCACUUUGUACAUGCACCCCCGCAAAGGCGAGGACUUAAGACAGACUAUCCUGUACCUAAAGCCAAGGGAUACGUCUACUUCAACGGGUCCAAGACCGGUGCCUAUCACGCGGCCGAGAUUCCGUAUGCAUUUGACUCACUCUGGACCGAUCGCGAUCAGCCGUUCGAUGAAGUUGACCGGGAAGUGGCUAAUCAAGUCAGCGAGUACUGGGCCAAUUUCAUCAAGACGGGUAAUCCUAAUGGUAACAGCUUGGUUCACUGGCCCAGUGCAGCAGAGGAUGAAGGUCACGUCAUGGAGUUAGGCAGAGAGCAAAGGAUGAUACCGAACGCAAAGAACAAAGAAAGGGAAACAUUUUGGAAGGAGUACUUUCAAGCACAGCGGACUUGGUGA